AUGCCCGAUGUGCCAAAGUAUGAUGGAACUUCAGACACUCAGGAGCAUAUUACCACCUAUACAACGAUGGUGAAGGGGAAUGAUUUAGCUCCUCACGAGAUUGAAUCUGUUUUGAAGAAAUUUGGAGAGUCUCUCACGAGGGGAGCCUUGGAGUUCGUUACCUGGUUCCAAAAGGAGAUGAUGUUGUUUUCGGCUGUUCCGGAUGAAUGGGCGGCUGAAGCAUUCAUUAAGGGUCUGAAUUUGAGAAGUUCAGACGCUUCCCAGAAACUGAAGGAAAGCUUGCUUAAGUUUCAAGCAACGACUUGGGCGGAUUUCCACAGCCGGUUCGAGUCAAAGAUAAGGAUCGAAGAUGAGCAGGUUGGCUUCCUGUUGUCGGCAAAAGGACGGGAGAAGAAUAAAGAAAAAUCAAAAGACGAUUUCGACAUGGAUAGACGGUCUUCAAGGGGCCGAUUUUUUGCCCUACAAACGGACCGAAGGCCGCGACAAAGGCUUUCGAUCAGCAGACAGUGUAGUAGAGUUGGUAUCAGCUAUGAGAAACAUCAAAGAAGCACAGUUCCUGGAGCUGAUGAGAUCCGAUCCGAGCUAGAGGGAUCCCAACUGUGGUGUGAAUACCACGGGACGAAUGGCCACCGGACCGGGGACUGCAGACAUCUCCAGGAAGAAGUGGCGACACUACUGAAGAAUGGGCAUCUUAGAGAAUUCUUAAGUGACCGGGCCAAGAACAAAUACGAUCGCAACCGGUAUAAUGUGGAACCCUCGAAUGCAGGAGAAAAUCCUUCGCGCCAAAUGAUCAACUUGAUCCUCGGGGGGAACGAGAUCAAUGAGGUCACCUUCUCGACAACAAAAAAGACAAAAGUAUCGUUAACCCAUAGCAAGAGUCUCCGGGAAGUUGUUGAAUAUGACAUCAAUUUCAGGGAGGAGGACGCAGAUGGAUUGUUGCUACCGCACAACGACGCAUUGGUAAUUUCUUUAAAUGUGCUAGACUUUAAAAUCAAAUGUGUUCAAGUGGAUUUAGGAAGUUCGGCCAUUAUCAUACAAUGGAGAGUAUUGGAGCAAGCUAAACUCACCGGAAGCAAUUCCGGCCACAAAACUCCUCGCUGGAUUCAACCUUGCGAGCGUGACAACUUGAGGAGAGAUUUUGUUGCCCAUGAAUGUUGA